AUGCGAUUUUUAAAGAAGGGGAAGCUCAGUCUUCGAUUUAUUGGACCGUUUGAGAUCACCCAGAGGAUCGGGAGAUUGGUAUAUAGAGUUGCCUUACCCCUAGAUUUGGUCGGAAUGCAUGACGUUUUCCAUGUGUUGAUGUUAAGGCGGUACAUCGCUAAUCCUGAUGCGAUUGUGGAAUAUGAGCCAUUGGGAAUCCAGGAGGGAUUGACCUACGUCGAAGAACUAGUGAAGAUCAUGGAUAAGAAGGAGCAAAUGCUACGAGUUGAGAUUGAUGAGGAUUGGUAUAGUGUUGGCAACAUUGAGUAUGAUGCGCUUGAUGAUUUACUAGGUGAUUUUCCGCAGUUGUUUGGGACGACGUAG